AUGGGGCGUAUGGGUUGGAGUGUUUGUACGUGUUCUUGCUUGCUCAUCGUCGGAGGGAUUGUAUGUCUAAUCGUAUUUUUAGAAGUCGUCCCAUAUAAACACAUGAAAUUUCAUGUCAUUGAUGCUUCAUUAACAGAGUUCUACUUAACUAAUGAUGAUAUGCUUCAGUAUAAUCUGUCGGUAAACAUCUCUAUCAGGAAUAGUAACAAGAUAGAGCGUAUUUCUUAUCAUCGUUUUCGCGCUCACCCUUCCUGUUAUGGUAAGGAUUUGGAUUUGGUACCUUUGACGUCUUUCCAGCAAGGCACUAAGAAUACAACAUUAUUUCAUCAUGUAUUUCAAGGAAAAACCAUGCUCAAAUUACGGGGUUCUCAACUUAGGGAUUUCAAUAAUGAUCAGAGGGAUGGGAGUUAUAGCAUUUAUGUAUAUCUCUACCUUGAAACCGACUUGAAGCAUGCUGGUGGUGGAAAAAGCGGCUUCAAAGUUCUCAAAGCCAAAUGCGGAUUAUUCAGACUUCAUUUGUUGGGUUCUUCUUCUUUUUCAAAUAAUCAAUCAAGAAUUGGAGGCCUAUUUCAGGCUAAGAGGUGCGAAGUAUCUGCCGGUGGUCAUAAGGAUGACAGUUAUACUUAUUAUUGA